UCAGUUCAGUGUUUUGUUUAGAAACUCCACAGGCUGCACGAAAAUCCAUAAAAUCUCCGCUCCAAUGUCUGGUGAAACGGAUGCGUGUGCGAUGGAGGACAGCACGCGCAAGUGUACAGCGUGUUUCUCCUUCAGCGAGUCAGAAUAUUUGAACAUCUUUGCCGAGGAAAAUGUGGACAAGGACAUUGCUACCGUCAUAGCCAUGCAUCUUUGGUUUGAGGUCACUCCCACAGACGAAUGCCAAUGGAUCUGCCGGACCUGUUGGACAAGCUUGGACGCGUUCCACAGCUUCUACGUCAGCAUUGAGCAACGGCACGAACGGCACACGGACAAGCUGCGUGUGGACAGUAUCGUCGACAGUGAGCAAGCGGCGAGCCCGUCCCCUGCCAGUCCGACGUACAAUACGGAGUUUCUGGAGAUAAAGGGCGAACCGCUGGACGGCGACGACGAACUGGAGGACCUAGAGGACGAGGAGGAGGAGGAGUUUGAUCUGACGGAAGAUGGCGACGGUAGUUGCGGAGGAAGUGACAAAAUGCUACCGAGCGAAGAGAUUAAGAGCGAAAGUGAUUCGGAUGGAGAAGGAGGAAGCGUAUCGUCCCGUGCGGAUGAGGGCAGGAAAAGACAACGACCGUCCCGAUCCCGCAAUGCAUCCCGCGCUCCCAAGCGCGAUGCCGAAGAGCAGCUGGCAAAACGGAAGGCCGGCGGUCGGUUUCCUGCCGAUCCGGAGGAGGACAAGAACAUCCUGCAGUUCUACAAGCGCAUCGUGUGCGAGGUGUGCGACAACAAGCGGAUGAUGGUGGGCGAGCCGCUGAUAGAGUACGCGACCUGGGGCGAGCUGCUGCGGCACACGAAGGAACUGCACGGCCAUUACAAAAUCUUCGUCCAGUGUCCGGUGUGCGAGAUGAAGCUGCGCACGAAGGUGACGCUGGUGCAGCACAUGGACAUGCACCAGAACCCGGACAAGUAUCGGUGCGAGGUGUGCGGCGAGGUGUUCCAGAACAUGAAGGAGCACAUGCAGAACAAGCACGAGGAGCGACAGUUUAGCUGUGAUCAGUGCGGCAGCAAGUUCCCGUUCAAGAAGCGGCUCGUGGUGCACAUGAAGAAAAUGCACGGCGAAAAGGAUGUCACGUGCGAGCAGUGCGGAAAAUCCUUCACAAAGUACACGAUCGAGGAUCAUCGGCGUUCGGUGCACAUGGACCGGUUUGUGUGUGAGCAUUGUCCGAAAACGUUCAAAAUUCGGUUCCGCCUGCACAAGCACAUGCAGGAGCACGACAAAAGCCUGCGCAUCUCGACCUCCGUGCCGUGUCCGACCUGCGGGCAGGUGAUGGGCGACAAGUACAUCCUCCGCCAGCACAUCAAGCAUAUGCACGUCGAGCAGCAGGCGGUGGAUUGUGAGACGUGCGGGAAAACGUUUAAAAACCACCGCAACCUCAAGAUACACCUCACGAACGUGUGCAUGAAGCCGGUGCAGCUGCAUCCGUGCGCAAUCUGUGGUAAGCAGUUUCGGCACAAGAACAAGCUGAAGGACCAUAUGGCGUCCUGUACGCCGAAUUGAGGUGGUAGGUGUGGUAUAGUAGCGUCCACGCGUGUAGUCCCACACACCUUCAAUUGGUGCGCUAGUGGCCGGUGAUGCUCCGAGAUUGGAGCGCAUCCAAAAGAUGUGAUAUUUGUUUAUUAAUUGAAAGAUAUGUGUUACUUGUAAAGUAAAGAGAUGCUCGUGGGUGUAUAUAAACUGACAAGAUGGGGGAUCGUCCUGUGGAUUGAAGGAUAGCACAGACAAUCUCUUCCUUACAAGGAGUCGUUUGGCACAAUUGGUUGAUUGGAAGGAUCUUGUACGGAUCGUGUAUAGAUAUUGGGUUCUAUUGAUUGGACGACAAGGACGAUCAGUUCGUUCGCUGCUGGCCAGCGUCAAUGAAGGGCAAUUGGAAAAAAAUCGAUGAGAACACCAGACAGACCACCGGAAAAGAUCUGUGAUAAAUGUUGAUUAAGUAAGUUAAUCGCAAACGUUGAUUGCAAAUGAGCAGAAGCUCCUGAUAGUGAUCGGUUAGAUACGAUCGCGAAAAAUAAACCCGUCUGGGGAGCAGUUCACGGUAUCGUUUAGUUAUUUAUCACAGCUAGGAGGGAUAUUAUUUAAAAAGAAAGAAAAAGUGUAGAAAUAUUAAACUAAUUCAAUCGUAAUGUGUAAAAUCUGCUUCUGCUCAUGUGUAAAAUAAAGCUCUUUUCGGAUGCUUUCAGCAUA